UCAAAGUUCAAAAUAUACAAAUCGUUGUUCGAAACUUCCAUCAAAACACCAUCAAACUCUCCGUGAAGAAUCUGAAGAGAAAACAAAGCAACAAUACUCAACAGAAAAUGGCAGCAAGAAACCAAACAAAAGACCUUAAGUGUGCCACACAUCUCCUGAGUGAUAAGUUCAUAAACAUGACUGAGGAGAAGAAGGCAAUUGUGAGGGAUCUCGGAUUCGGUGGGUUGAUGCACAUCCCACCACUAAGGGUGGAUCACCAACUCUUAAGGGAACUGGCAAACAACUUCAAACUUGGGGAGAACAGACUGAAGACAGGAUAUGGUUCUUUCCAAAUAACACCAAAAACAAUAGGUGAUGCGCUUGGCAUCAAUGCAACAGAAAAUCUGUUUCCUGAGAAAGUUGAGUAUAAGAAACUUUCUGAUGAUGACAAAAUAAUUUUUAGAAGAUUCCAGGGUAAGACCCUCAAAAGUCUUACCGAUGAAAUGAUGGAUGGGUACAGUACCUCUGAGACAUAUGAAAUAUCAAGUGACGAACUAGAUGAAUGGCUAAGGGAAAAUGUUGAUAAAUCUGCUGCAGAGGGGUUGAGUCCGGCUGAUUCAAAUAUGAUGGUUGUGAGGGAACAGACACCGUCAGAUGCGCUUGCAGUAGUCCCGAUUCAGAUUUUUGCGCCGGCAUCCCAAACAACCACUGAGACAGAUUUUGAACCAACCCCUAUGCUACAGAUUGAAGGGACUACAGAAACAACAAUUGGAUGA